UAAGAAUGCACUCUGUAGAAACACCUUAUGAAUGUAAGAUAUGUGGGAAAGGCUUUUAUUCUGCCAAGUCAUUUCAAAUACAUGAAAAAUCUUACACUGGAGAGAAACUCAACGAAUGUAAGCAAUUUGGUAAAGCCUUUUUUUCUUUCACUUCCUUUCAAUAUCAUGAAAGGACUUAUACUGGAGAGAACCCCUGUGAGUAUAAGCAAUGUGGGAAAGCCUUCAUAUCUACCUCACACCUUCGAAAGCAUGGUAGGACUCACACUGGAGAGAAACCCUAUGAAUGUAAGCAAUGUGGGAAAGCCUUCAGAUCUGUCAAAAAUAUUUGAAUUCAUAAAAGGACACACUGGAGAGAAACCCUAUGAAUGUAAGCAAUGUGAGAAAGCCUUCAGAUCUGUCAAAAAUAUUUGAAUUCAUAAAAGGACACACUGGAGAGAAACCCUAUGAAUGUAAGGAAUGUGGAAAAGUGUUCCAUAAUUUCUCUUCUUUGCAAAUACAUGAAAGGAUGCACAGAGGAGAGAAGCCCUAUGAAUGUAAGCAUUGUGGGAAAGCAUUCACAUCUGCCAAGAUCCUUUGAAUACAUGCAAAACACACUGGAGAGAAACCCUAUGAAUGUGAAGAAUACAGGAAAGCAUUCAGCUUGCCUACUUCCUUUCAUAGACAUGAAAAGACUCACACUGGAAGGAAACCCUAUGAAGGUAAGCAAUGUGGCAAAGUUUUCACUUCUUCCAGUUCUCUUCAGUAUCAUGAACUCACACUAGGGAGAAACCCUAUCAAUGUAAGCAAUGUGUGAAAGCCUUUAUUUCUUCCACUUCUUUUCAAUAUCAUGAAAGGACUCACAUGGGAGAGAAACCCUAUGAGUGUAUGCAGUGUGAGAAAGCCUUCAUUUCUUCUAGUUCCCUUCGAUAUCAUGAAAGAACUCACAUUGGAGAGAAGCCCUGUGAAUGUAAGCAAUGUGGAAAGCCUUCAGAUCAGCCUCACACCUUCAAAUCCAUGGAAGGACUCACACUCGAGAGAAACCCUAUGAAUGUAAGCAGUAUGGGAAAGCAUUCAGACUUGAAAAGAUUCUUUGAAUACACCUAAUGAAUGUAAACAAUUAACUGUUUAUAAUAACUGCAUACUAACAAAUGUUAUUCUUUUUAAAUAAUUAAGAAGCUAUAAUACCCCAUUGGUGUCAUGUAUUAGAUCAACCUUAUACUGUUAAAUUGUUAUUACUUGGACAUUGUGAUUCAGUAUAACCAUGUGGAUAAAAUGCCAGGCAUCUUUUUUUUUUUGGAAAUUUUA